AUGUCUGCCCCGAUGAUAGCUUGGGUGCCUUUGGUUAACCGCAUCCACAAAUAUCUCACAACGAGCACAUAUUCUGCUCAGUCCAUCGACAUUCCGUCAGCUGAGAUUCACGAUGUUGAGACCGCUCCAGAGAAACGUCCCAGGACUCUCAAACACCUCAUCCGGGCAAACCAUGUCAACCACUCCAUAAUCUACCACAACCUCCAAUACCACAAUCAUAUGCCUCAUUUACUUGGCUCUGCAUAUCUUCUCGGAGCAGACGUCGAUCAACUGCAGAAGAUCUAUGAUGAAGAAGCCAAGGAGCUUGAGGAAUGGAAGGACUCCCCAGCAGAGAUAUCGGACGCUGAUUGGCGUGAUUUUCUAGGAGACAAAAGAUAUCAAAGGGCAUUUGUGGAUUUUUUUGAAGAUGAAUUAGCUUUGAAAUUCGGCUAUGACUGGAAAAGGGUUGCAGAAGAGUACUUGUUCAGUGGAAAGGAGCCUCUCAUCAACGGAGUUGUCGCAGGACUUGGCCACCCUCUCAUACAUCUUGGCUACGCCUACGAGCUGUCUAGUAAAGAAUUGGCAAUGGAGGCGCUCGCCAUGGCUUCUUCAUCAUACAACUACAUGCACAAGUACCUCGAUAGUCCCUCAUACACAAAACCCUCUUCAUACUCUACGUCGUCUCCUCUUGAGAUUCUACACAAGAUUGCAGAUGAUACCAGGUUCGACGGCUUAUUCAACGAGCGAGGAGACGGAAAUAUCGAAAUCCUAUUCAAGAACCACGAGGAUCUGGUGCUGGAGCACUGGAACGCCUGGAAAAUCGACGAACCCAACAAACAAUUCCAGGAUUCCCAAGAAGCAGCCGUUGCACUGCUUGUCCGAACAGUGCAGCCCGGUACUCAUGGAUACGAUUUCUUCAUGGUCCAUUUACUCACUUCGAGUCAUGCCGUUAGGACUCUGAUACCUUUGAUACCCAAGAGAUUCCACAUUAGUCUCGUCAGACAGUGGUGGCUAUUGACAAUAGCUGUGUACAUAGCACAGUUGAGGCCAAAGAUCGAUGAUGAUAUUGAAGAAAAGCCAAUGAAGCAGUGGAAUUAUGUAGAUGAUAAGGCUGUCAAUGGACCAUGGGCGACUGAUGCUCAUUUUGUCAAGGCCCUCCGAGCUAUGAAAGUAGCCGCCUUUACUUGGUGGGAUGGCCAUGAGCGAUAUCUCUCAGCGGCAGUUAAAUUUGCGGAUGAUUUUGAAGGGUGGACGGGAUUCGGUCCAAUGGACGACUCAAAUUGA